AUGUUCAAGUCCGCCUCCAGAUCCUUCUCCUCGUCCGCCUCUGCUGCAUACAAGGUCGCCGUCUUGGGCGCCGGCGGUGGAAUUGGCCAGCCAUUGUCCCUCUUGAUGAAGUUGAACCACAAGGUCACUGACUUGGCCCUUUACGACUUGAGAGGUGCUCCAGGUGUCGCCGCCGACGUGUCCCACGUGCCAACCAACUCCACUGUCAAGGGCUACGAGCCUGAGGGCUUGAAGGACGCCUUGACCGGCGCUGACGUGAUUGUUAUCCCAGCCGGUGUGCCAAGAAAGCCAGGUAUGACCAGAGACGACUUGUUCAACACCAACGCCUCUAUUGUGCGUGACUUGGCCAAGGCCGCUGCCGAGUACGCUCCUAACGCUGCCCUCUGUAUCAUCUCCAACCCUGUCAACUCGACUGUCCCAAUUGUCGCCGAGGUGUUCAAGUCGAAGGGUGUCUACAACCCUAAGAAGUUGUUCGGUGUCACCACCUUGGACGUUUUGAGAGCUUCCAGAUUCGUGUCCGAGAUCGCCGGCACCAACCCUGUCGAUGAGCACGUCACCGUUGUCGGUGGUCACUCCGGUAUCACCAUCGUUCCUUUGUUGUCUCAAACCAACCACAAGGACUUGGACGUUGAGACCAGAGACGCUUUGAUCCACAGAAUCCAGUUCGGUGGUGACGAGGUUGUGCAAGCCAAGAAUGGUGCUGGCUCUGCCACUUUGUCUAUGGCUCAAGCCGGUGCCAGAUUCGCCGGUGCUGUGUUGAACGGUUUGGCUGGUGAGGCUGACGUCAUCGAGCCAUCGUUCGUCGAGUCCCCAUUGUUCAAGGACGAGGGUGUCGACUUCUUCUCCUCCAAGGUCACUUUGGGUGUUGAGGGUGUCAAGACCAUCCACGCCUUGGGUGAGUUGUCUGCCCACGAGGAGGAGUUGGUCAAGAAGGCCAAGGAGACCUUGAUCACCAACAUCAAGAAGGGUGUUGACUUCGUCAAGCAGAACCCAUAA